AUGGCUUCAACGACUUCAAUCAUAUCAAUUUUCGUCUUAUUAUUGGCUACUUAUUGCCAUUCAGCUCCAAUUGAAACAGAAUUUCAAUUUUCAACAGUAGAAAAUGAACUUACAUCUGUCAAACCAAAACCAAUCAAAGUCGCAAUAGAAUUCGGUACCGUUCCAACCACACAUGCUAAACGAUUAGAAGGUCAAUCAAUUGAACAAUUUACAACUGAACGUUCAAUUCCAGAAGAACAUAACAGCAAUAAACGAACCUUAUUGCAUGAAUUCACAACAGUACCAUCAUUAACUGUUCCCACGGUCCACAAACGAUCAGAUGACCAGUCGAGUAAACAAUUUACAACUGAACGUUCAGUUCCACAAGAACAUAACAGCAAUAAACGAACCUUAUUGCAUGAAUUCACAACAGUACCAUCAUUAACUGUUCCCUUGGUCCACGAACGAGCAUAUGACGAUUCGGAUGAAGAAUUUACAACUGAACAUUCACAUGUCGAUAGUAAACGAGGAAGUGAUGAAGUAGUUGGUGAAAGUAUCUCUGAAGUUACAAAUGGAGACGUCGUCAAUAAACGAACAGUUGAAGACCAAAUCCCAGAUGACUCUGGUGAUGAUGAUAAACGAUCAGUUGGUGAAUGGACCACCGAGAAAACCGAACUGAUCGAUGGAAAGCAAAAACGAACAAAAGAACACAUCGUUUCAAAUGAACUCUUCGUCACUGAAGAAUCAAGCACAGAUUUCAACAACCGUGUCGUUCGAUUGAUGGAACAUGAACCCGUCGAUUUAGAAUUAACCACCAUUCCUGAAUCAUCAUCAUUCGAAACACUUGCUCAUACAACUGGACUUCUUAAACGACACCACGUUCCAGUACCAGAAACCGAAGAAUCAAAGGGUGAGCGAACAGAUACAAAGUAUAUAAGUAUAACUGAAAAUGUCGGUACAGGCGAAACCAGAGACACAGAAUACUUUCAUGCUAACGAUUUAUCUACAUUCAAUCAAACUGCUCAUGAACAGUAUUCUUCAUCAUUUAAUGAUGAAUCAAUUGUGCUUCUAUUUCUUCUUGCUGCACUUCUGUUUUGUAUAAUUUUCGUGGCGAGCUUCAUCGCCUUCAAUCAGAUGAAAAAGAAUUUACAACGGCAGAGUCCCAUUAAUGAAAUGGAAGCCGAAUUAGACAAGCAAUAUGACCAGCAUGAAAGCUAA